AUGCCAGAGUCACGCCUCACCCGAGAAUUCUUCCAGGGUCCCAUCACCUCACUCGCAUUCUUCCGAGAUGCGGAAUAUCUUCUUGCUGGCGAGGAUACUCACCUGACCGUUUAUGAUUUGCGACUCGGUCAUGCUGUGCGCGUAGGCAGUGUUCGCGUCUUCUCUGCACAACCUAUUCAUGGGAUUCGUGUACUGAGCAAUGGACGAGCUUUGGCCUGGGGGGCUGCGCAAAUUGCAGUUGUAUCAAAUAUCGAGAGUCUUCUUGAUAACGCAGCAGAUGCUCAGGUGGUGGUGAACAAGACGGCGGCUCCAGACUGGAUAUACGAUGUUGCGCCUUCGCCAUUUGAUGAGUCUUCAGCAGUGCUUGCGACGGCCCAUAACGAGGUUGUUAGCCUGCACUUGAACGGCGACGAUGCCCUUGUUAUUGGGGCUGUCGUCUCGCCUUCACGCCCGAUUCUUUACGCUGCGAGAUUGAAGUGGUUAGACAAAGACUUUGUUCUGAUGGCGGGCGGCACAAUUUUCGGUGAGAUUCUUGUCUGGCGAUGUCAUAUGUCAGAGAGCCGAUCUGAGCUGCUUGCUAUUCUGAACGGACAUGAAGGAUCCAUCUUUGGUGUCGACAUCUCAGAAGAACUCCCCUGCGAAGAUGGAUCCAUGUUGCGACUCAUUGCAAGCUGUAGUGACGACCGUACUGUGAGAAUCUGGAACAUCACAGGACAAGACGGAUCGCAGGAGAAAAAGCAUGAUUUCGCUGCACCGCGCGAGACAGGGUUUGGAUCAAAAGCAGGCUUUGAUGAUGGGCCUAGAGCGGAAGAGCUGCCGCCGAUUGCGACCAUCAUGGGCCACUUGUCCAGGAUCUGGGGUGUCAAGUUUGUAGGACUUACCCAAGGCCAAACACUCCCGAAGAGUCCUUUAUCACUCUAUUCUUUCGGAGAAGACUCCACAGCCCAGCGAUGGCAGUUGAACCUUGACAUCUCGCCAGAAAAACUCUCCGGAUCUCUGAAGCAUGUCGAGACCUAUGCCGUUCACGAUGGCAAGCAUCUCUGGGCACAUGCUGUUGUGAAUCGCGGCGAUCAAACACUCAUAGCAACCGGCGGAGCUGAUAGCAAAAUCUCACUUAUAACACAGCCCGCAUGUUUGGCACCUACUGUGCCAAAAUCGAGAGAUGAACUACUUGGUCUUGAUUUCCAAGAUAUCGCGGCUGGUCUACCCAAUUUGCGUACCUUAAAGCCAGUCCGUGCCCGGGAAAUUUUCAGCCGUUACGACUUUAUCUCCGAGGAUCGUAUGCUGGUGACGACGAAUUGGGGACGCCUCCUGCUAGGCGUCUUCCGCCCGAAUCUGGAGUGGCAGGAGAUUGAUGCCGAAGAUCAAGCGACUGCCGAGUUUCAAGCGUGUUAUACUCUCAAGACGAUUGGUGAUGGAGCAGCUAUCUUGGGGACGACCAGCGGCAAGCUAUAUUACUACUCUGAAGCUCAAGGAGUAACUCUUCUCGGCUCAGUACAUGGCAAGAUCUUCAAUAUCUCCAUCCUCUCCAGUCCAGGAGACGGGCCAGCGGAAAUCAUUGUCCACCUUCAUGGAACUUCGGAUUCGCAGUAUUUCUCCAUUGACUGGCGCACUGGCGCUGUUCUAGCGACGGCAGAUAUUCGAGGUAUCGAUAAGCGGUUUGUUGCUAUAUCUGCCGCCCGUUUCAGGAGUGACUUGAUCGCUAUCGGAUCGCGCCAUGGUUUUCUUUCGUUGUUGAGACAGACUGGUAACGAGUUCCGUCCUAUCCUGGACUUUAGGUUCAACACACGCGAUGCUAUUACUGGUCUGGUGCCCUUACCGACCACUGACGGACAAGAUGCUCCUUUGUACUUCUUGGCGACAAGCAGAGAUACAAAGUAUAGGAUCUACGAGAUAGAAGAUCUCGACGAGGAAGUCCGGUUGCACCUUCAGCACGAGGUCGCCGCCCCUUCUGGUGCUGACAUUGAAGGCGGUUGGUUCACUCAAGAUGAUUCCCCCGAAUUGAUUUUGUACGGAUUCAAGAGCAAGAACUUCAUCGUCUGGAACGAAACUCGUCGGGAAGAGAUCGCUUCGAUCGACUGUGGAGGUGCUCACCGGACGUUUACCAUUGCUCACGAUCCCGUUGACCACAACCGCGUUCGUUUCGGGUACACAAGAGCGACCAAGCUUUACAUAUUCUCACAGCAUAUACCAAUGCAUCGUCCACUCAGGUACGGAACACACGGGAGGGAGAUUCGAGGACUGAGCGCAAACGGGCGAUACAUUGCUACCGGCGCCGAGGACACAACGGUGCGUAUCUGGGAAUACGAAGAUCAACAGAAUGGACAAAAGGAAAAAGGGCUACGGUGUGUUGUUUCUACAAAGCUACAUAUAUCGGGUCUGCAAAAGAUCCACUGGGUAGGGGACGAUUACCUCCUCAGCAGCGCUGGUUUCGAGGAGUUCUUCGUGUGGUCUGUACGAAGACUAGAUUCACGGUACAAAGGACUCGGUAUUCUCUGUGAAGGUAUCCUCGAGGACAAGAGUCCUGCUGCAGACCUUCGAAUCAUGGACUUUGAUGCCUGCAAGGUCGAUGAUGGCAGUGUUAUAAUUACUAUGAUCUUGUCCAACUCGACCUUGAAAACAUACAGAUACACUCCAGGGGAAGGCUUCCAUCUCCUAGCUCGCAUGUCGUACACGGGGGCUUGUCUCACGCAGGUUCGCCACCUCGGGGUGGACAAAACCGGACUCUCGGCACUAACAGCCUCUACGGACGGACACUUGACUACCUGGGAAGUCAGCCUCGAUAGCGAUGAAACCUCUAGUCAUGUUCUUGUCCAGGUAGCACCAGUGCAUCAAAGCAGCAUCAAAUGUCUCGAUCUCCAACCAACGCCGAACGGAUUCCUGGUCCUCACAGGAGGCGACGACAACGGUCUUGGCGUAACGACACUCGUCCCCAUGUCGAACGAAGCGGGUAACCGCAGAUACACCACCUCAAGUCGCGGCAUAGUACGCAAGGCCCACGCAGCAGCAAUCAACGGUCUUGUGCUUGUGCGACGCGGGGAAAAUACGUUCGGCAUCAGUGUCAGCAACGACCAGCGGGUCAAGGUCUGGAGAGUCGAGCCGAAUAACAUAAAACUGGUUGCCGAUGCAUACAGCGGCGUGGCCGACCCCGGCGAUAUUGCCAUCAUAGGGAAACACGCCUGUGCUGAAGGUGGGAGUGACGAGAAGCUCGAGGUUGUGCUUGGAGGAGUUGGAGCUGAAGUUUGGUCGUGGUAG